UGGAACUUCACCCCCCAGCGUCUCCAACUUGUCCCAGCCAGCGGUUCUUAAAACUAGGCUUCAGGCAGUGCAUUUUCUUUGAAGGCUUUCUGAUCAAAGCACGGCCCCACUCUGAUCACCUUGUUGCUCUAUAACAGUGAAAGCAGCCAUUCCCCGUGGAGAGACAUCUUAAUGGCAGCCUUGUAUGGCCUUGUAAUUUUCACCAUUUUGCUGAGCCACUGUUCCGGGGGCUCCUUUGCUGCCAAAUUUAAUAGUAUUUUAGUAGGGAAAAUGGGGGGAUGGUAAUGUGUUGUCCAGACUCUUGCUUCUUUUGUAAAUACUUUGAUAACAAUAUGUAACUUAGGACAGCAAAAUAUAUAACUCCAUUCGAACAACUCCACCCCCUUCCUUUUUUUGCAUUCAGGUGUAUGGUUUUUUUCUCCCCCCCCACUCAAACACUGGGGAUUUUAGUAACGUAGACUAGUUUCACAUUUCUCUAGAACAAAUCCCCACUUGCUGAGUGUGCUUAUGGAAUGUCCACUCACUUUGUUACAAGGUUUAAGAAUGUAGAUCUGUUUUCUAAAACGCCCGUCAGUAUAUUCUAAAAUAAAGGGACUCUUUGAGGAUUCUUUGCAGUUUGGGAUUAUGCCCAGCUCUGCUUUCUGUUCUAGUUUACGAUAAUAGAUAAGAGGGUGAAAAAGGUCAGCAUCCAAACAGACUUGGAGCUCAACCCUGCUCUACCACUUUCUAGGUGACCUUAGGAAAGUUUCUUAAUACCUUUUAAACUCAUCCUGUGAAAUGCUGGUAGUAGUUCAUACACCUGAGAGGGCUAUUGUAAGAAUUAAAUGACAAAUGUGUGCAAAUUAUUUCAUUCACUACCUGGCACAUAAUAGGAAGGUGGUGAAUGGUGAAGAUACAAUAUAAGUACAGAUACAAUAUAAGUACAGAUACUAUUUUUUGUUUUUAAAAUGUGUGCAUUUGUAUAACCUUUUAUGUCCUUAUUUUUCUCCCAAAUAAUGAUAUUCUUUACAUUCUGAAAUGGAUGCCAAAAGUCCGUAUGUCACUGCCUUCCUGUGGUAGAUCACAUUUUCUUCUUUUUCUUUUCUUUUUUUUUUUUUUUUGUUGAGACAGUCUUCCUCUGUCACCCAGGCUGGAGUGGUGCAAUGGCAUGAUCUCAGCUCACUGCAACCUCUGCCUCCUGGGUUCAAGCCAUUCUCCUGCCUCAGCCCCCAAGUAGCUGGGACUACAUGUGCCCGCCACCACGCCCUACUAGUUUUUCUGUAUUUUUAGUAGAGACGGGGUUUCACUGAAUUAGCCAGGAUGGAACAUUUUCUAGUCCCUUAAAAUAGGGUUUCUGAUCUCUAACUUGGCUGUGAUCGUUGUGAUGGAGCAAGAAAAAAAACUGUUGGUCUCAGAUUCUAACAGCUUUACGGAGAGGGAGAGUUUGAAAAGCCUCUUCACAGGAGAUGCAAAUAUGAAUAAUUUGGAAACUGUUCACCACGAUAAUUCUAAGGCAGAUAAAGAGAAACUUUCAGAAUGGUCUAAAAGACAUAGACCACAGCAUUAUAAGCAUGAGGAUGCAAAAGAAAUGCCACUGACAUGGGUUCAAGAUGAGAUUUGGUGUCAUGAUUCCUAUGAGAGUGAUGGCAAGUCAGAGAAUUGGGGGAAUUUUAUAGCUAAAGAGAAGGAAAAACCCAAUCACCAGGAAUGGGACCCAGGAGAACAUACCAAUGCCUGUGUCCAGCAGAAUUCAUCCUUUGUAGACAGACCCUACAAAUGUUCCGAAUGUUGGAAAAGCUUCAGUAAUAGUUCUCAUUUGCGUACUCACCAGAGGACCCACUCAGGAGAAAAGCCUUAUAAAUGCUCUGAGUGUGCAAAAUGCUUUUGUAACAGUUCUCACCUGAUUCAGCAUCUAAGAAUGCACACAGGAGAGAAGCCCUACCAGUGUGGUGAAUGUGGGAAAAGCUUCAGCAAUACCUCCCAUCUUAUUAUCCAUGAGAGAACUCAUACGGGAGAGAAACCCUAUAAAUGUCCCGAGUGUGGGAAGAGAUUCAGCAGCAGCUCUCACCUUAUUCAGCAUCACAGAUCACAUACAGGUGAAAAACCAUAUGAAUGUUCUGUCUGCGGAAAAGGCUUUAGUCACAGCUACGUCCUAAUAGAACAUCAGAGGACUCACACUGGAGAAAAACCUUAUAAGUGCCCUGAUUGUGGGAAGAGUUUUAGUCAGAGUUCCAGCCUCAUUCGCCACCAGCGGACACAUACAGGUGAGAAGCCCUACAAAUGUCUUGAGUGUGGAAAAAGCUUUGGUUGUAAUUCUACUCUAAUAAAACAUCAGAGAAUACAUACAGGAGAAAAGCCUUAUCAAUGUCCAGAAUGUGGGAAGAAUUUUAGUCGUAGUUCAAACCUUAUUACACACCAGAAAAUGCACACAGGAGAGAAAUCCUAUGAAAGUUGUGAAUAUGAAGAAAGUUUGAGUCAGAACUGCAAUGUGAUAGAAGAAUGCAGAAUCCAGUUAGGAGAGAAACCAUAUAGAUGUUGUGAAUGUGGAAAGAGUUUUGGCCUUAGCUCCCAUCUCAUUAGACAUCAGAGAACACAUACAGGAGAAAAACCUUACAGAUGUUCUGAGUGCUGGAAAACUUUCAGUCAGAGUUCCACCCUGGUGAUUCACCAAAGGACACAUACAGGAGAGAAACCUUAUAAAUGUCCUGAUUGCGGUGAAUGCUUCAGUCAGAGCUUUAACCUUAUCAGGCACCGGAGGACCCACAUAGGGGAAAAACCUUACAAAUGUACUAGCUGUGAGAAAUGCUUCAGCAGAAGUGCCUACCUCAGUCAGCAUCGGAAAAUUCACGUAGAAAAGCCUUUUGAGUCUCCCGACACUGGGGAUUUUCCUCAUGAAUGGACUUGGAAAAACUGUUAGGGGAAAUGCCCCUCAUCCCUUCAUUUUCAGUCUCAAAUUUUUCUUCCUGAGUCUCAAAGCCUGUUUGGUGAUGGUUUUUUCUUCCUUGUUGGACCAUGACAAUUUAGGUAUUCUGUGAUUGUUGUGCUAUAAAGUUUCUUUGAUGUGUUUGUCGAAACAUUUGGAAAAAGUCAACCUCCCAGUUUAAAGGAUGGGAAGACCCCAAUCACCAGGUUAUUGGAUCUGUCCAGUGAGAGAUUCAUCCACCAAGGAUGAAGAAAGGAGGACUGUUAAAAAUUUAAGGUAAGAUAGUAAUAGCUUCAAAAGAACACGUACAGAGUAAUCCUGAGAGUAAGCAAAGGAACCGUGAGAACCUGAAACUAGAAUUGCUAUUGAAUUACUUUAUUUUCUCUUCCCUUAUUGGGUAGAGAUACAUCAUUACCGGCCUCAGGGAUUUACCCAGAGGAAGGGUAUUUUUGAGCAAAUAAUGUGAUUUCCUGGCUAUUUUGUUGGGGCUUAAGAAAGAAGAGAUUUUUUUUUUCAAAUGCAUUUUUAGUCACUAAAAAUUAACUGUUGUACCAUCCAAAACUAUGCUGUCCAGUACCGUAGGCUCUAGCCAUAUGUAGCUAUUUGUAUUAAGAUUAAUUGAAAUUUUAAAUCCAGUUCCUCAGUCACACUAGUCACUUUCUAAGUGCUCAGUAGCUGUGUGACCAGCGGCUGCUGUAUUGGAUAUUAUAGAAGGUUCUUUCAUUCAAGAUCAUCAUUCUUGACAGACCCAUAAAUAUUUCCUAUAAAGACUGUACAAGUGUGUUCUGGAGGGUUUGCUGUCCAAAAGGAAUUGUAAUAUAGAGUAGAAUUGGGAUAGAGUAUUGGGUUUAGAGAUUGGAUAUUUUAAUGAUCGUGUGUUCUAAUUCAUGUGCUGCCAACUGAGUUAUCUAGUGAUAUGACCUCAUUGUCUUGACCAAAGCCAGAAUAGAAGGCAGGAUUCCUGAAUUCUAUCUUAAAAUUUGUAAAUGAAGAGCCUUUUCCCUAAGUUAUCCCAUUAUGUAAUUCUUGGUCAGCUCAAGAACUGGGUUCUUUUUCUAAUAAUUAACUCACUAAAUCUGAGCCAGUGUCCAAGGACAGUUUGCCAUUAAGGAGUACUGAGACUUCUUAGUUUCAGUACUGACAGUUUUCUUUUGCCUCUUGACAUAAUUGGUAUAUGGAUCUGAUAACUGAGGCCCCAUCUUCCCUACUCAUUCCUAUGGGAAUGAUGCUUUGGAAAUUAUUAGAUAUAUCCUAUUCCCUUCCUCCCAUUUUUUUCCUACUAGUGCAAAAGGUAGAUGAGUAGGAAGAUUAGGACUCCUGAGUUGCCCAUGAUUUCAUCUAAUUUUUGGAUUCAGAAUAUAUUUUAUGAAUAAUAUGCAGAGAUGCAUAUUAGGAAUGUGAAGCCAGAAUGGGUCAGUUGUAGCUGCUGCAAAGUUCUGUAGCUGAUGGUCAUUUAAUUGCAUGGGGAUUAUUUUAUCUUUCAUUAUUGUGGUGCACCUGAUGCUGGCAGGGUAUUUGUGUGUUUUUGUAUUGUUAUUUGAUUACAAAAAUAAAGCAAAAACUAACAAAGA